AUGGAUAAUAAUAAUUCAAAUAAUAUUAAAUUAAAGAAUAAUUUUGAAAAAAGGUUUCAAGAGAUUGAAAAUGAAUUAAGAGAUAGUCAUAUUGGAUUAGAUGAAAACUUUUAUACAUCAAUAAAUGAUAAUAUUGGUAUUAGUAAAUUAAUUAGAUUAUCAAAAUCAAUAUAUAUAGCGAAAGAUGAUGAUAAUGAUGAAAACAUUGAUAAAGAGAAAGAGACUCAACAACAUCAAAUAUUUACAACACAAGAAUAUGAAAAUGGUAUUGAAAUUCAUGAUAUAAAUAAUAGAUUAGUAUUCUUUUGUUCAGAUUAUUUAUGGAAUUGUGAAAAUCAUAUAAAAUCAUUAUUAAAGAUUUAUUCAAUUAAUAACUGUAUAAUUUAUUGUGGUCUAUCUGAACUUGCACAUAUUAGUCAUCCAAAUUCUUCAAAAUCAAAAUCAAAAUCAAUUAAUAAUUUACCAAACUUUCAAAAUUUUAAAAAUAAAUUCAUUGAAAAAAUGAAAUUAUCUUUUAAAAAAGAAAAUCAAGAUAUCAAUCAUGAUGGUCAUGAUGAUGAUGAUGAUGAUGAAUAUUAUCAAGAUGAAUUACCAGAUAUAUCAUGUACAAUUAAAUAUUUCCCUUUAUGUUAUAGUCAACCAUUUAAAAAUUUCUUUACUAUUCCAAUUCAAAAAUCAUUAUUUCCUUCAAAUUAUUUUAUUAAUGAUUUAAAAUUAAAUGAAUAUAAAUUAAAUAAAAUGCCAGAAGAAAUUCAAGAUAAUGUUCAUAAAAGUAUUUAUUCAUUUUUAUCAUUUUUAAAUGAAAUGAAAUUGGGGUCAGUGUCAGGAGAAGAUUUAAAUAUCUAUCCAAUUGGACCAUUUUCAAGUUAUUUAGCACAUGAAAUUCAAACCACCUUAGCCACUAUAACAAAUCAACAACAAGAUGAUUAUCAUCCAAUAUCUUUAUUAUUAAUUGAUAGAACUUUAGAUUUAGUUGGUCCAUCAUUACAUUCUGAAAAUUCAAUGGAUAGAAUUUAUUUUUCAACUACAACACCAUUAAAUAAAUCAAAUAAUAAUAAUAAUAAUAAUAAUAAUAAUAAUAAUAAUAAUAAUAAUGAUCAACUUAAUAAUUAUCAACCAAUAAUUAAUAUUGAAACAUUUUUUGAUAAUGAUAAUAAAAUAGUUAGUGAAUCAAGUAUUAAUGAAUGUCCAAGGAUUAUAUCAACAAUUAAUGGUAGUGAUAUUGAACGUCAUCAAAAUCUUGAUAAUACCAACAACAACAAUACCAGUGGUGAAAGUAGUGUUAGAUUAUGGGAUAGUUUAAUUACAAAGAGUUUAAAAGAUGUUAUAAUGAUAUUAAAGAGAAGAUUAGUUGAAAUCAUUUCAAAAGAGAAUAUAAAUGUUGAUAUUUCAAGUAUUGCUGGUCCAACUAAUAUUCAAUCUUUAAUUGCUUUAGUAAAUGUUUUAAAAGAUGGUGAUAAUAAUGGCGAUUAUGAUGAUAGUGAUGAUAAUGAUGAUGAUGGUAAUGAUGAUGGUGAUGAUAAUGGUGAUAAUCAUAAUCAUAUGUUAAUGUAUAGGUAUAAUGAUAUAAUAGAAGCUGUUGCUGCAGUUGAACAAACUAUUAAUUUAUCAUCACAGUUUCAUUGGGAUCAACUAUUAUCAAUUGAAAAAAUUCUAUUAUUAAGCUCAGGUUAUGAAUUAGAAGAGGAGGAUGAAGAUGAUGAAGAUGAUGAAGAUGAAGAAAAUGAAGAUAAUAGUGAACCAUCAAUACUAUCACAAAUUUGUGAUAUAAUUGAAACACCAAUUAGUGGUGGUGGAGGUGAUGAUAAAUAUUAUUCAAUUCAAGAGAUUUUAAUCCUAUGUGUUAUGGCAUAUUCAAUCAAAGGUUUGACCUCAAAAUUAUCUCAAAAACAUUUAAAUUCAUUAUCAUCUUUAAAUAUUAGCAAUAGUGUUAGUAAUAAUAAUAGUAGUAAUAGUAAUCUCAGUGGUAGUGGUAGUGUCAAUGACAAUAAUUCUGUAUCAACACUCGAAAAGAUACCAAUAUUCUCAGAUUCAGAUGAACAAAGAUUAAUCAAUUGUUUAUCAGAUAAAAUUUUAAAGGAAAAUAUUUAUAAAGAUUUAAAAUUUUUAAAUAGAGAAUCAAAUAAUAAUAAUAAUAACAAUGAUAACGAAGAAAAAGAAGAAGAAGAAGAAGAAGAAGAAGAAGAAGAAGAUGAUGAAAAUAUUAUUGACAAGAAUGAAUUAAAUGAAAUUUUAAAGAAAAAAGUAUUAAGUAAACUUAAAUCAAUUGGAAUUAUUAGACAAAAAUAUUUAAAUGAACAUAAAUCAUUAAUAAGUGGUGGUGGUAGUUCAAUGAUGGGUGCAACUUAUUCAAGUUUAUUAAGUCAAUUGGUGAAAUCAUUAUUUGAGAAUAGUGUUUCAACGGGUGGUAAAGAUAUUAAAGAUUUUGAAAAGUUUAAUUCAUCCUCUUUGGUUGGUUAUCUAUUAGGUAAAACAAAUUGGAUGGGUAGAUCAAAGAAAAGAGAGAAACCAUUGGAUAAUAGAAAGGUUUUAAUAUACGUUUUAGGGGGUAUCACUUUCACUGAACUCAAGGAGUUAACUGAUCUCUUUGAAAAAACUCUAAAAUCAUCCCAAUAUAAAGAAUUUUCAAAUCAUCAAUUCUUAAUUGGUUCAAAUCAAAUUUUAACACCUUUAAAAUUAUUUAAUCAUUUAUUUAUAAAUGAAAAUAAAAAAUAA